UCCGGAUCGGGAGCGAGAGGCGGGCCUUUGGGAGGCAGGAAUGCGCUGGAAGGUUUCCUGCGAGAGCUCCCUCCUUCACACGCGCUCGAUAUGGACGUGUGGCCGCUGGUGCUCCUGUCCGUCCAGCUCUGCCUCUGCUGCGCUUACGAAGGGUCAGGACAGUACCCAAAUGGAGACGAUGAGGACUGGUAUUCCCGUAGAUAUAAAGGGACCCCCUGGUGUGCGCCCAUUAAGGUGAAGCAUGGGGACGUGAGCUGCCGUACGCCCAGAGGAGAGAACUACAGGAACGUGAUGGGGACUCGCUGCAAAAUCCGCUGUAAGCAGGGAUACGAGUCGAAGAGCUCAGAGGUGGUGUGUAUGGCCAGCAAGCACUGGUCCUCCAGCUACGCCUGCCAAGAGAUCCGCUGUGCUAAGCUCAACAUGCCCCCUAAUGGCGGCUACAAGUGCUCGGACGGCUCCUACUUCAACUCGCGCUGUGAGUUCUUCUGCUCGCCUGGAUAUGUUCUGAUGGGGCAGAAGACGGCAACGUGCCAGUACCGCAAGACGUGGAGCGCUGGAGUCCCUACGUGUGUUGAUGUGGAUCCUCCAAAAAUCAAGUGUCCUAAUCUGAAGGAUAAGUGGGCAGAACCAGCAAAACUGACAGCGAGGGUGACCUGGGAGACACCCGAGGGCGUGGACACUGCAGAUGGCAUUCUCACAGAUGUUAUCCUGAAAGGGAAACCUUCGAAAUCAAACUUCCCGGAGGGGCUCCAUAAGAUGUCCUACACCGUGUUUGACCGCGCAGGGAACAAAGGAUCCUGCCGCUUCUCAGUCAGAGUGCGAGUGCGCCGCUGCAACGCUCUGUUUCCCCCAGACAACGGUUACAUGAAGUGUGACAGUGACGCAGACAACUAUGGUACCACUUGUGAGUUCACUUGCACCGGUGGCUACGAGCUUCGGGGCAGCGCUGCCAGAGUGUGUCAGUACGGACUCACCUGGUCUGGCACAGACACCACCUGUGCAGCCAUGAACAUCAACGUGGGAGUGCGUACAGCUGCCGCACUGCUGGACCAGUUCUAUGAGAAACGGAGGCUCCUCGUUAUCUCGGCUCCAACUGCUGCCAAUCAUAAUUACCGCUUCCAGAUGACAAACCUACAGCAUGCUCAGUGUGGACUUGACCUGAGGCACGUCACAGUAAUCGAGGUGGUUGGCACCUUCCCAGCACAGAUCGGCCGAAUUCGACACAGGCUGCUUCCUCCAGCACUGGCCCUGCAGCUCAGGUUACUGCUUCAGAUUUCUCAAAGGUCUUUCCAAAUGGUGCUGGUAGAUAAGCAGGGAAUGGACAAGCAACGCUACCCGUUCCCGAUUACAGCAGCUGAAUUAUUCACCACCAUCGACACCUUCCCCCUCCGUAAGGACGAGAUGGUGCUGCAGCAGGAAGCGGGCCAGACCUGCCAAUCAUAGAACACGGACUGUCAGCCAUCUUUGAUCCUUCUCCUCCUCAGUCACAGCAGACAGAUCUCCUUCUUUUAUCCUCUCAUGUCACACCCGCCCACCGGAACUCAUCCAGUCCUGUUUGCAGAAUGUGUGUGUGAUCUGAAGCAUUACUGAAAGAGAUCACUAAAUGCAAUGGGUCACAUAGUACUUUACAAUCAUAUUGAUUCCUAUGUCUUCUGUAUCUUUUAUUAUUAUUAUUGAUAUUUUAAAGCAGAAUCUUUUUUUAUUUUUUACAAAAAGAUAAUGAGCUGGCACGCAUAUUUUCCCUGUCCAAUAUUUAUACUUCACAUCCUUCAAUAAUAAUGUACACUAUUUGGAAUAAUGUGUGUGUUUUUAAUGUAUUCGGGAUAUGUCUAUCAUUUAUGAUGUAAUCUUCAGUGUGAAGAAGGGUACAAGGAAUUCCAGGUGUAUUUGCCAUCUCACUGCUAAGUACCACUUAAUCCUACACACACUUCCUUUAAAUCAUGUUCUUGUCCAUGUGAUGCAUUUUUUUUGCCCAAAACACUAAAUGAAAGUGUAUGUUUUAGCAUCAAACAACCAGCAGAAACUCCUUAGAGGGUUGGUUUUACUACCUUAUGUGAACUUACUAAACGUAAUUGUUAUACUCAUGAGAUAAUAGAAAAUAAAACGUCUUUUACUGGCAGACAUUUUAUGCUCCAAAAAGCCAGUAAAAAUGUUAUGAUGUUCUCAGUAAGGACGGCUCCUCUUGAGAAAAAGCAGUUGUGAAAUCUUCCGACAUGUGAAGGAUCACAUUUUUGUGUAUGUAGAGAAGCAGGAUGUAAUGUGGAUUUGUUUUCAGUUUCACACAAUUCACAGACUAGCUGUAAAAAAGCUAACCUUAUUGUGGAUUCAUUUACAAGAUAAUCCUGAUUGGAUAAGUGGAAAAAAAGCUAGAAGCCAAAGAGUGUCAUUCAGAGAGCACUUUUACAAACUCUCAAAGUCACAGUUAUUUAAAUAAAACAAACGUGUGAGAAAUCCAUUUCCUCGUUCAGUCCUGAUUAAAUGUUGCUUCAUAUUUAGUGGAAUUUAAUAAACAUUUUGCUGGUUUAUUGACA